ACGUGCAUUCGCGGUUUCGUCGUCGGUGUCGAUAAUCGCCUUCGUCAAAAUUUAUUUUGCGAUUUUUGUCGCUAUUUUCGCGACCGCGACUCCGUGACUCGCGUCGCGCGCUUCCGGAACAUCGGAGCGCGAGCAUCAUCGUCCCUUUAAACGAACGCUCGGGAUCCGGUUUGUCAACCGCGUAUAUGUGUCGUCGAAAAAAAUUCACUUACCGGAAAAAAAAGAAUUAUAUACCACUGUGUGAAAGAGGAAAAUUGCACGAAUAACGCCAACAAUUUUACAUCCGAAUUCUAAAUUAUGGCACCGAAUGUAAAUCGAUCGUAGCGAGUUGUUCUCGAGAGUCUAAGAUUGCACGCGUUGGCAUGGUGAAGAUGUCAUACCCACCAUUGCCCAAUCUUGUACCCAUAAAGCCGUCUAACAUGUGUCUAAACAAAGUGACGAAGAUUGCUUUAGCAGAAGUGUUGCAAUCAGAUCCAGUAAAACGUCUUUUCAAUCAGCCAAACAUUAUUAUCAAGACAAUUCCUUUAAAGGAUAUAGUUUCAACAACUGAACUGGACAAGAAUAUAUUUGAUAAUAAAAGAAAUGGCAUUCAGAAUGCAACAACACUGAAUAAUGUGAAAUCACCUGCAAUGUCAAUAGUUCCUGUGAAGAUACCAGAUGAAGAAAAAGAGGAUGCUAAUCUUCUGCCUUCGAAAAUAGAGGACAAGAAAUCGGAAAUUUCUAUGUUACCUGUUAAGAAAAAAUUAUGUGGUCACUAUGAACCAUGUGAGAGCAUUGUUUGUGAUGUGAUGGUGCAGCAGUAUGUAGAUAAUGACAGAGUGUCGCCUAUGUUAGCAGUGAACAUAGAAGAGGAAGAAAUAAACGCACUGGUCGGAAAGCAUUGCAAAAAUCAACAUUGCGACGCGUUGAGCAUCGAUCAUAAUCGUUGUCGUCGAGCGUUAAUAAAGUUACAUAGAUGCGAUAGAUCUCGCGUGUGCGACAUUUGUGGGAUAACGCUGGAAGGAUCGCAAACUCGGAUAUAUCACAAGAAUUGCACGAGAAAGAACGAAUAUAGGCACAAUAAUGUUGAUAGAGUGCAUUUGCUAAAGGAGAGGAUGCGCGAACGUGAAUUGCAAAUUUUAGAAAUCGCAAAAAUGAAAAGAAACGAUUACUCGGAUCCCGUAAAAGCUAUGGAGACUUUGCGAAAGAACGAGGAAAUAAUAAUCAUUCCAAAAACAACGCCUAGUCAACAACCGAUUAUCACCAUAACUUCGAUACCCAGCACUCAAUCAAUCGGCACCAACGUAUCUAAUACUCAACCUAUCAAAAUUAACUCAGAAAAUAACUUUGCGAAUCUCUUUAGAGGUGUGCCGUUCACCAUUUCAUCGCAAAACACAUCGCGUCCAAUAGAGAGCAAACUGCAAUUGAUAAAUCAAGUUGCAUUUCCAAAUUUGCAGCAGAAAUCGUACGUGACAUCUACUUCGACUCCCACUUCCGUUCCUUCUACUUCUGCUCCAGUUACAUCUUUAAAGAAUAAAUUUGUUCGUCUCACAACUUGUCCAUCAACUCAAACCACCACUAUUCAGCCUUUGUCGAUAAACAAUUGGGUCGUGUCACCGUCACAUGUUUUAACGACCACACCGAUUCAGAGUAAAUCGAUCUUAACGCCGAUACGCGUGGUGCCUAUAACUAAUUUGAUAACCGCGCCGUCAUUGUUACAUCGGACGCAGGGUAUUCCCAAAUUCUGCAUCAUGGCGGAAAAUGUAGUAACGCCGGUAACUAUCCCACAGUCUCUUCAGCCUGCUAUUACAGCUGCUGCUACUACCACUAACACUGUUACAACGACUAUUACCACCUCUAAGGCAACCACAUCGCAACAAAAUGACGCUCAGAAAGUUCCGAUACAGCAGUUUUCGAUACAAAAGUUGCAAAACAAAGGACAAAAGCUAUUAAAGAAAAAGAAGACUUUUAUCUGCGACUAUUGUUCGAAACAUUUCAGCACUGACUGGUAUUUUAAAAUGCACGUCGCGAAGCAUAAGGGCGAGAAGCUUUUUUUUUGCGAUUUUUGUGACGAAUCUUUUAGCAAUAAGUACGACAUGAACAGACACAUGGCUAAACAACACGAUGGUCAAAGGAAGACAUUUAUACGCAAAGACAUGUGUACAAGAACAUUGUGUUGCGAUAAAUGUGACUUUACUUGCAAAUCAUUCGCUUUAUUUAGAACCCAUGCUGAAAUACAUAUGGCAUUGAGUUUCGAUGAAAACGACAAAUUGAAACAGAAGUUAAAAUCUUCUGAAGAAAAAAUAAAUCAUACAUCAGUACAUGAUUUAAAUGGACAGAAUGUAAAGAUAAUAGAUUGUCAGGAUACAUCCACUGACGAUGAUAUUGAAGAAACCGAAGAUAAUAUCGAAAGUAUAGUCGUCAAAAAACAUUACAAAGAUUUAUCGAUGAUUACUUAUGGAAACAAUAUAAGUGUGAAGAUGAAUGGAUUUAACUUCAUUGAUACAAUAGAAAAAAAUAUCGAUCCUAAAAAUCACAAACAAGAAUCUAUUACAUCGUGAUAAAAAAGCGUGCAAUAUAUUUUAUUUGUAAGAAAUACAAACUAGACGAUAUUUUUCCAAGUAUUACUGG